AUGGGGAUGACCAAAACCAGCACCUUCACGCCCACGCAGCACGUCUCCCUCGUGACGCUCCUCUGCCCCGACUACGCCCCCGCACUCUCCUUCUACGCCGGCCUGCUCAACUUCACGAUCCAGGAGGACACCGAGCACGACGACGACCCCUCGAAGCGGUUCAUCGUGCUCACGCCGCCCAAGCUGUGCCAGCUCGCGCCGCAGAUGGGCCUGCUCGUCAAGAAGGCGAGCACCAAGCGCGAGCGCAAGGCCGUCGGAAACCAGGCCGGCGACGGCGUGUUCAUGUUCCUCGAGGUCGACAACUUUGACGAGGCGUAUGGGAAGAUGAAGGGGAUGGGGAUCGAGUUUGAUGACGAGGAGCCGCGGCAGGAGAAGUUUGGGAAGGCGUCGGAUUGGGAGCCUGUAUGCGCAGGAUUGGGAGGCGUUGUACUCGUGAGUGGUGGUACUGUUGCGGUUUGGAGGAUUGCGGUUGGGUUGGGGUUUUUAGAUGAUUCGUAA